GCAGCUGCAGCCAGUGGGCCAGUGCUCAGCUGGGUAAUCUGCCGGUUUCCACAGGAAUGUGAAUUUGCUCCUGUUCCUGUCCGGGCUUUCCAACCUCAACUCCUGCGCAACUCCAUCUCUUCCCGUGCUGAAGCGCCGGCGGCUGUGUACCGAAUAAAGUGACCAGCCAGGAACCAGCCUGACGUUUUGGCACCACACAAUCGCCUGUGGCCGGCAACCAAACCUCUCGACGGCAUCUCGACCAGUCCUCCUCGUUCACGGCGGUUUUAGGCGCCCAGCGCUGCAACCAUCCAAUCACCCCCAGGCCUCACUCUCUCCUACUCCGAACUUGCGCCUCCCACCACCAAACCGGUGUCGACUUUUUGCAUGCCUGCAAAGUCAUAUUAUCGGCAAGAUGAUGUCGUCGCCGUUGAAGAAACAGCCCGAGGUUGUGGCGGAUAGGGUGCUCAAGAGAGCCGAAAUCAGCAAGAUGGCCCGGAGGUUACAGAACCGUCUCGCCCUUGCCCAGUUCAAGACGAAACACAACCUAGUGAACGAGACACUGGAUAUGAUUGAGCCCAAGUUCGAACAGGAGAUGCGCCGCCGACGGUUGCAGGAUGGCGAUAUCUUGUCCGACUCUUCCUCGAGCGCCUCCGACCUCCCAUACCCCUCCCGGACGCUCAUGAGCUCGCCGCUCAAAGCACCGCUAUUUUCGGAUGCCAUUGGGUCCAGCAACGGAAGCACCGGGCAUAGGAAGCGUACUUAUCUGGCAUCUUUUGACGACAAUGCGUUUUCGAGUCCGAGCAAGCGGUUCCGCCAGUCUCCGACGGCACACAGGUCUUUUUCGAGCCACCACCCCUUUAUCCAGUCAUCGCCAAUAAAACCAAGGCGGCAGCAACACUUCACUACAUCAACGGGUCCUGACCUGUCGUUCUACUCGGGGUCGAGGCAGAUCAGUGACGUCCUUACUACCACGAAUUAUGCGGCCAAUUCGGACGACGAGGACGAUCUGCCCACUCACUCGUUUCACACCAGCCAUGUUCGGGUGUCGCCGCCCAGGACACCACCAAUGCGGAGCCGGACCUUGAUGAAGAAGCCGAGGGACAGGCAGCCAGCAGCGAGCGAGUCGAAAACCGGCGAGGAAGGCGCGGAUCUGCUCUUGUAUCUGGCAGCGUCACCGUCACCCGCAAACCCGCCGAGGAACAGGAUGGACCCCCCGUCGACACCACCACCGAAGAACAAGCUAGCGCUACCAUCGUCGAUGAUGACGACCCCCGGCGGCGGCAACCCCUAUCCGGCCACUCCCGGGCUUGGCUUCGACUUUGCCGAGUUCCUUCACAUGACCCCCAGCCCAGCGCAAAAGCCGUGGAAGACGCCUCUUGCAGGCAAAACGCCGCGCAGCGUGGCGAGGAGGCGCCUCACAUUUGACGACAUACCAUCCUGAGGGCCAUUGGUUGUUAUGUUGUGAAGUUGGCUUCCCUUGGAGUUUCCUGUCCGCUCUACCCCAACCAUCUUCCUAUCACUUUUCGCCUACUUUCGACUACAAUGAGGCACUCGGCUGUCUUGCGCUAUACCUUCUGAUACCUUUUUUGGCCGACAUCCCGGCUCUUUUGCAACUUUUCAUUUAUCUUUGUUUACGUCCUACAAUUGGGAGCAUCGGCGUUCCGGUUAUGGUGGUUCACUCCUAUUCACUAAUCCCACCCCGAGACUGUCACCGAUAUCAUAUCACCUCUGCCUGUCAGCAGCAGUGCACGAUAUCACUUUAAAAUUUUGUAUGGGCGAGCAAUGCCAUUGGGCUCGCGAGCCCGGAUUGGCGAUUUCCCUUUG